AUGUGUGACUUUGCCCAACUGUUCCUGUUCUGUUACAUGUUCAUCAUGUGUGACUUUGCCCAACUGUUCCUGUUCUGUUACAUGUUCAUCAUGUGUGACUUUGCCCAACUGUUCCUGUUCUGUUACAUGUUCAUCAUGUGUGACUUUGCCCAACUGUUCCUGUUCUGUUACAUGUUCAUCAUGUGUGACUUUGCCCAACUGUUCCUGUUCUGUUACAUGUUCAUCAUGUGUGACUUUGCCCAACUGUUCCUGUUCUGUUACAUGUUUGUCAUGUGUGACUUUGCCCAACUUUUCCUGUUCUGUUACAUGUUCAUCAUGUGUGACUUUGCCCAACUGUUCCUGUUCUGUUACAUGUUCAUCAUGUGUGACUUUGCCCAACUGUUCCUGUUCUGUUACAUGUUCAUCAUGUGUGACUUUGCCCAACUGUUCCUGUUCUGUUACAUGUUCAUCAUGUGUGACUUUGCCCAACUGUUCCUGUUCUGUUACAUGUUCAUCAUGUGUGACUUUGCCCAACUGUUCCUGUUCUGUUAUAUGUUCAUCAUGUGUGACUUUGCCCAACUGUUCCUGUUCUGUUACAUGUUCAUCAUGUGUGACUUUGCCCAACUGUUCCUGUUCUGUUACAUGUUCAUCAUGUGUGACUUUGCCCAACUGUUCCUGUUCUGUUACAUGUUCAUCAUGUGUGACUUUGCCCAACUUUUCCUGUUCUGUUACAUGUUCAUCAUGUGUGACUUUGCCCAACUGUUCCUGUUCUGUUACAUGUUCAUCAUGUGUGACUUUGCCCAACUGUUCCUGUUCUGUUACAUGUUUGUCAUGUGUGACUUUGCCCAACUGUUCCUGUUCUGUUACAUGUUCAUCAUGUGUGACUUUGCCCAACUGUUCCUGUUCUGUUACAUGUUUGUCAUGUGUGACUUUGCCCAACUGUUCCUGUUCUGUUACAUGUUCAUCAUGUGUGACUUUGCCCAACUGUUCCUGUUCUGUUACAUGUUCAUCAUGUGUGACUUUGCCCAACUGUUCCUGUUCUGUUACAUGUUUGUCAUGUGUGACUUUGCCCAAUAUGUGUUUUAA